UGGCGGAUCUACCGGGGUGGCAUGGGGUGGCAGCUGCCACCCUAAAAUAAUGCCUUGCCUCCCCUGCUGCCACCCCACUUGGCAGCAACGAAUUCAAAGAAAAGUUAUGGCCAACUUGACUUUUACGAGCGCGAAUCUCUGAUGUCCUACUGCACCGAAUGCAGCACGAGAGCGUCAGAGCGGCACUACUGGACCUUUUCUUUGUUUAUUUUAUUUUUAAACUGUGUGGCGCGAAGCAGAGGAGCAAGGAGAGAAGACACGGGAGUAAAGAGCAGAAAUGAAGAGGAAAGGUAACAUACACAGUUUUUUCGGACCGAAGAGAAAAGCCAAAGAGAUUGAAAAUGAACAAUUGAGCAAGGUAGACGGAGGACAUGAGGUGAAAGGAGAGAGAAAAGAUGAGGAAGGAGAGAGAGGAGAGGACGAGGUGGAGAGAGAGGGAAAGGAGAUGGAAGGAAAGAAAGAAGACAGAGACGAGUUGAAAGGAGAGAGAGAAGGGCAACAGAAACGCGACAGAGUUCAAGGCCAAGGUGAUCAGGGACAGGAGGAGGUGACAGAACACAGCGGAGAUUAUAUGGAGGGAGUGCACCACCAAGAUGAGGACGGAGAAAAUAAGAGAGAAGAUGAAGUACAGGGCUCAGAAAGAGAAAGGGAAAGGAGUGAACCAUCACCAGCUAUCUCCAGUCGAGCUGGUCCACAUGACAUAUCUAAGUCCAGGUGUGAGGUGCCUAUGCAACCACAGCGAGGCAGCUUCCCCAAGACCCUCCAAGGAGGAGCCAGAAGAAGCUUUCAAAGUGACUGGUACAAAACUUACCCCUGGCUAGAAUAUUCGCAAUCAAACAAUUCAGCUUACUGCUUUGCAUGUAGGCAUUUUUCCCUACCUGAUGCUCCAAGGACAGUUUUCACCUCAUUUGAAGGCUACUGCAACUGGAAAAAGGCAACCAUGAAAGACAGUGGUUUCCAUUCUCAUGCAAGAUCUGAAGGUCACAUAAAUGCCAUGUUUGCUUGGAGAGAGAACAAAAAAAAUUUGGAUAAAAAUAGCUCAAUGUUUGGGUUAAUGGAUGAGCAAAACAAAAAGCAAGUUGCUGAAAAUCAGUACUAUGUCAAAACACUUGCUGAAAUCUUGAUUCUGACAGCAACUGAAAACAUAGCUCAGCGGGGUCACAGGGAGUCUGUUGACUCAGAAAAAAGAGGUGUUUUUCUGUCUAUGUUAGACUUGGUGGGUAACCAUAACCCCAUUAUUAAAAAAAGACUUGAACAACAAGCUAAGAAUGCAAAAUACACCAGUAAAACAAUACAGAACGAAAUACUGGAAUGCUUGGCUUCUAUGGUUAAAGAAGAAAUCAUCCAGGAAGUUAAAAUGAGCAAGCAGUUUUCGGUUAUUGUUGAUGAAACUAAAGAUGCUCAGAAAAAAGAGCAAAUGUCAUUUGUUCUGCGAUAUUUUUACAAUGGUGUGGUUCAUGAGAGCUUUCUGGAAUUUGAAGUGGCAGAACACCUGCAUGCUGCUGCCUUAAGUGAAAAAAUUAUAUGCUUUCUUGAAAAGCAUGGGCUAGAGUACAAGAAUAACCUUGUAGGCCAGGGCUACGAUGGUGCGGCAGUAAUGCGUGGGACACAUGCAGGUGUCCAGGCAAAAAUAAAAGAAGUGGCCAAACAUGCCUUCUACAUUCACUGCAGUGCACACUGCUUGAACCUAGUCAUAGUUGACGCUGUAAAAAGUGUGGCAGAUGCAGGAAACUUCUUUUCAUUAUUAGAGCAAAUGUAUGUGUUUAUGUCUGGGUCUUAUGUGCAUAACAAAUGGCUGGAAGUGCAACGAGAGAUGUUUGAUGGCCCACCAAGAGAACUCCAACAGCUGAGUGAUACACGCUGGGCCUGUAGACACAUAGCAUGUCGCAAUGUUAUGGACAGGUUGCCAGCAAUAGUACAAGUGCUUGAAGAGAUUGCAUCUGAGAACCAUCCACAAAGAGCUGUUGAAGCAAGAGGGAUAUUGGCCCAGAUUGAUCUGAAUUUUGCUGGCUCUCUUGUUCUGUUCAGAAAGGUCCUGAGUGACUCCAAAUUUUUAUCAGACAUGCUCCAGUCUAAAACAGUAGACUAUGCUAAGGCUGUUGAACUUAUUGAAGCACUCAAAGAGACACUGGUCCAGUACCGUAGUGAAGCCUCUUUUGAUGAAAUGUGGAGUGAAACACUUGAUUUAUGUCAACGAAGUAACAUUGAUACGACUCAGCGAAAAUCAAAGAGGCCAAGACAGACAACAAAGGUGCUUCAAGAUACUGUCAUCCACUCCACCUUGGGACAGCAUGUAGUUCCAGAUAGCAAACACACUUUUUGUGUCUCUGUGUACUAUCCAGUUCUGGAUAACAUGAUUGGAGAAAUAGGAAGACGAUUUUCCAACACAAAUUGUGAUAUUAUGCAGGGUGUUCAGGCACUAAAUCCAUCAAGUCCAACUUUUCUGAGAGAGGAUGCUGUACUGUUAUUGGCUGAAGCUUAUGACUCCAAUAUUGAGGAUCUCAAACACGAGUUACAUCAGACGAGGAGAGUACUUGAUAGAAAAAAGGGGGAAAAUGAGAGUCCUACCACUCUAAUGGAGUUCACUCGGUUUUUGGACCCAUACCAGGAUGUUUUUUAUGAGUUGUUCAGAUUGUGUAAAAUAGCAGUUGUUUUACCUGUGAGCAGUGCAUCCUGUGAACGAAGUUUCUCAUCUCUUAGGCUCAUUAAGACUUAUUUGCGGUCUACUAUGACAGAAAAGAGACUAUCUAGUUUGGCUGUACUCAGCAUUGAAUCAAAACGCACAAAAGCAUUAGAUCUAGAUAAAUUUGUAAAACGUUUUGCUGAGCAGCAUGGAAAUCGCCGCAUUCAACUGUUAUAGACAUGACAUUGGAUAGUGACUAUUAAAUGUCUCUUUCUUUGUUUUACAGUGGUGGGAAAAAAGUGUUCAGACACCCUUAAAUAUGUCCCAAGUCUCAACUUUUAUGGAACCUACUUUAUGUUUUUAAUGUCUUUAAAAUUUAUUUAGAGUUUAGCUAUGACUGUACUAAAAUAAAUUGUACUUAAAGACUUAAGAAUGAUUCUUAAUGCAAUGUUCAAAAUGCAUGGGCCCAAAAACUUUUUCACUGUAUGUAUAAAACUGUCCAGGAACAGUCUACUCACAAAAGUUCUUUGUACAUUUUAUGACUGGGAGCAAGGUUUAUUUUCAUGUGACUCCUUUCCAGGUUUGUGGAGAUUUUAAUUUAACAUACUCUUUUGUAAUGUUCUGUAUUUGAUAUGAUUUUAUUGGUAAAAACCUCAUUUGUCAAAAGUAUGCUCUGAGUAACCAUUAAAAGUCAUGUCCAGUC